AUGAUACAAUCGAUUAGAAAUCAUAUGUUUACAUAUGUUCGGAAAGAAGAGCAGAGUGAAAGUGAUGGUGGAGACAUUCUUCUUGAGCGGAAGCAGCCACCUGAACCUGCUUCAACAACACUCCAAUCUGCUUCUUCUUUCUGGCCCUCCUUCUUCUGGGAAAACUUCACUGCUCUUCCAAUAUGCAUUCAAUGUAGCAGCAGCAGCACUUCACUCCAACUACUCUUCCAACCCAAAUGUCCUCUUCAUCUGCAACCGCCAAAGGGUAUUGACCCAUCUUCUGAUGUCUUCCACUGCAUACAAAUGAAGUAUGUGAAUGAUGAUGAGGAUAUUAGGAAGUACUUUGCUGCCUUCCAUCUGCUCGAUACAUUGCCUGCAGCGGUUGUGAUCGAUGAUUUUGGAGAUUUCUUUGACAACAAGUAAUUUUGUCUUCUACAGAUAACCACCCCUGUUAUGUGUUUCUGUUUCAUCUUUUGAUUUUGAAUUCUGAUUUGAAAAAGGGUCUGCCAACAACGGUAUUCGAAUCCCCGGGGACGAGACUUGGCCAUGGUUAAGAGUUUAGCAUUGUGUCACAACGCAAUUACUUAUGCAAAGUGAGUGUGAAUUGGUUAUUGUUGUUCAGAAUAUGAUUUUGUCAUGUUAGAUAAUAUAAAACCAUGCAUGAGGUUUAGUCAAAUAAUUUAA